AUGCUCUUCUCUUCCGCCGCUCGGCUCGUUGUCAUCGCCGGGCUCGCCGUUACGGGCCAUUGCAAGUCCAAGAAACACGACGGAGGAUGGGAGACGCGAUACACGGCCACGGGCGCCCGCGCCGUCGCAAAGGCCGCCGCCACGGCCAAGACAACCAGCCCGACCAGCAACGUCGAGGGCAAAGCCUUUGAUCGCCUCGCCAUCAUCUACUUUGAGAACCAAAACUACGACAAGGCCUACGGGGACCCCAACUUCAGCUGGUUCACUAAAAAGGGCAUCACGCUGUCCAAUUACUAUGCCGUCACUCACCCGUCGCAGCCAAACUACAUGGCCUCCAUCGCCGGUGACUACUUUGGCAUGGAAAACGACUCGUUUGGCCGUGCCCCCCGCAACGUGUCGACCGUCAUCGACCUGCUCGAGAGCAAGGGCAUCUCGUGGGGCCACUACCAGGAGGACAUGCCCUACUCGGGCUUCGAGGGCAUGCAUUGGCGCAACCAGGCCAACGGUGCAAACGACUACGAGCGCAAGCACAAUCCGGCCAUCCUCCACGACAGCGUCACCCACUCGGAGCAGCGCCUGUCGCAGAUCAAGAACCUGUCCAUGACGCACACGGCGCGCUCCAUGUUCCACCGAGACCUCGAGGCCGACGAGCUGCCGCAGUGGAUGUUCAUCACGCCCAACAUGACGUCGGACGGCCACGACUCGUCGGUCACGACGGCGGGCGAAUGGUGCCGCGCCUUUCUGGAGCCGCUGCUCGAGGACAAGCGCUUCAUGCGCAGGACCCUAGUGCUCAUCACCUGGGACGAGAACGAGACGUACACGGUGCGCAACAAGGUGCUCGGUAUCCUCCUCGGCGACGCCAUCCCGCAGCACUACGUGGGCACCGAGGACAAGCACUUUUACACGCACUACUCGCAGAUCUCGACCGUCUCGGCCAACUGGGACCUGCCGACGUUGGGACGCUGGGACGUGGGCGCCAACGUGCUGUCGUGGGUGGCGGAGAGGACGGGCGACGUGCUGCGCAAGUGGUCGUCGGAGCAGGCGCUGCAGGCCAGGUACUGGAACUACUCGUAUGCGGGCUACUUCAACGAGCAGGGCGGCAACGCGCGCAUCCCGGCGCCCAACCUGGCGCUCGACAAGAGUCACGCAGGGCGGCCGAUUCUGCCGGCCAUCCGGGAGGCGUGGGCGGGGAGCCGGGCGCCGACGUACUACAAGGACACGAUCCAGGUGGCCGACGGGCUGAAGCCGCCCCGGGGCUAUGCGCCUGUACAUCGCUAG